AUGGUGGCCGCGGGUUUGGGUCGCUCUGUGGUUAGCUUGGUGGAGGCGACCACAAUGGCUACAAAUACUGGGCUGAUGCUGGGUGUGGGCUAUGAUGGGGGUGGAACGACUGGGACCCGUGGUGGCUGGCGCGGUGAAGAGAAGGUGGACGGGGGUGCCCUGUGCGAUGGUUCGAUGGAGGUGGUUACGUGUGCGGUUAGGGGUUGGCGGUGGAUAAUGAGGGAGGUUUUGAUUCGGGUUGAGGGUGAGUGA